UUGUGAUAAGUAAACAUGGCGAUUUGGAAAACUGUCUUCUUGUGUGCUGUUGUCGGAGUUGUAAUGGUGCUUCAUGGCGCUGAGAGCUUGCACCUACAGGUAAACGGGGAAGCUCGACUCUACGACGGUCAAGGCGGAAAUGAAUUUCAACGACGAAUAUAUCAUUCGCCGAAUUUUGCUAGGAAUCUUCCAGAUUCUCCCGCCGUUGCGAGAAGGAUUCUGCAUUCACCAACUGUUGCUAGGAAAAUUAAUCCAGGUUCACCUCCAGGUGAUGAUCAGCCAUACCUGGACAAACUGUUAAGUUUGGUUAGCCGGGUAAACGCACAACACUCUAAGGAGCAGAAGUGGCGAAAUUUGAAGGUCCUUACUGAGCAAGAAAGAAAGUUUAUGAGGCAUGAUGACGUUGAAAUGAACAAUCAGAAUGCAAAGGAAGAAGAAAACAGGGAAACCGGAAGUCGGGCCUUUACGAGCGAUGGGGUUUCUUAUGACGGUGAAAACUUCGCAAAAGAAGACGAGAAUAUGAAGCAUGUCGACAAUUUUAACCUGGAAAGGAAGGAAAAUAAAGAAGGGGAUGCUGGUUAUGAGAAAGAGGAGGAGGAGGAGGAACAAGAAGAGGAUGACGAAAAUGAAGAGCAGGAGGAAGAAGAGGGUGAAAUCAGUUCGGGGAAAGAUGAAGAGAACAACGAAGAUGAAAGCAGUGAGGAGUUAAUCGAUGAGGAAGAAGAAAAAAGCAAAGACAAGAACAAAGAAGACAAAAAGGGCGAAAAAAGCGAAAACAAAGAAAAUGCUGCAGACGAUAAAAGACGGCUGAUGACAUUGUUGAUGCGUGAAUUGAAAGACUUGGAAACGGAAAAUUAAAUUCUCAAAUCGAUUGAAUAACGAUGAUGCUUAUCUUGAAUAUUACACUCGUUUACAAACGCAGUUGAUUUUAAGAUUACAUAAACUAGUACUUCUAUAGUUGUAAAAAAAAAUGAUUUCCAAAUUCAAAUAAAGUCAAGUUAUAUAAGCUAUUUUUACUACGCAGUUUCUCGAUGGAGAGUAAAUUAUGCAUAUGAAUUAUACAAUAAGGAUGAAUAUUUUUUGGAUUGCUUUUGCAAUUAAAAUUUACUGAGGACAGAGAUACCGAGCACAUUAAGAGAGUUGGACAAACUACAUGUAGAUAUUAAUUGACUUGUCGAUUACUCGGUAGGUGGUGAGAGUAUUCGUAAAGCCAUGGCACUGUCAAGCAGUUUUUACUAAGCUUUCUUACGUUUUAAAUUAGUAUUUUAUUUUUAUACUGUGAAAUUUAAUAAUAAGACAAAUUUUCUAAGUCCACUGUUAAAACACAGUAUACGUACGAAAGUAUUUAAAUGUUUACUGUUUAUUUAUCUUGCCUUCUGUGUUAAAAUGAUACAACCGGAUCCUGAAUUCACUUUCAAAACUUGCUUUAAUUUUAAAUUACCAACUACAUGUAUGUCUCGCAUUUCAGCAUAAAAAUCAACCGCCUACAUGAGGUUUUUGAUAACAAAGAACAGUUGAUUAAAAGAUUCUGAUAUACACGAAAUUCACCUAGGUGGGGUGACACGGUAAGUCGUUUACAUUCUCUCAUUAUGAAACUAAACCACACUAGGGCUGAAUAUUUUUCCCUUAUUUUAACUUGAC